AUGGCUAGAAGAAAAGAAACUGGCUCUCCAGUGGACAAGAGAAAGACCAGAUCUCAAGGUCCUGCUGCUGCUGAGUCUUGUGAUCUGGACAAUGACAUGGUUAUGGCUGAUGGAAAUGAAGACAAUGCUGAAAACCAUCAAAGUGACCAAGAUAUUGAACAUCAUCAAGUUGAAGAGGACGAGGACGAGGAAGAAGAUGAAGAUGCUAGUCUGGUUAGACUGAGUGAACAAUAUAGAAGAUUCUCAGAAUCACAAAGAGAAUUGGAACAACUGGAGAACAAUACCCAUGAAAAUAAUGAUAAUGACCACCACAUUGAAGAUGAAGAUGAUGAUGAUGACCAUAAUGAUACAGAUGAUAAUGAUGAAGAUGAAGAUGAUUCUCAAAGUGAAGACAUGAUGAGAUCAAUCCACAGAGCAAAUGAAGACCAUGAGGAUGACUAUGAUCACUCGGAUGAAGAUGAAGAGGAAGGUGAUCUGGAGAAUGAGUUACUACAAGGUGCCUUCCGUUCAUUUGCAAAUAGAUUACAAAGAAGUAAUGAAUCUAAUGACAAUCCAAGAGGUGAAGCCCGCUCAAAUGCUGCCAACUCUUUAGCUGAAAAUAUGUCUCGUAUGUUUCCGGAAGCUAUGGGUCUGUUUGGAGGGUUUGGUGCUGGAGGUGCAGGAGGAUCUGGAUUACGUAUAAGUGGAUUAAUUGAUGGGUUGAAAAGACGUGAUGAUCCUUAUUUAGUUCUGGAAACUUUAAAUGAAUUGAGUGAACGUUUAUUGAUGAUGAAUGGAUUAGUUGCUGAACGAGGUUUACCUGCUCAUGAUUUAGCUCAUGGUUUAGUUGAUGUUUUAACUGAUCCCUUUUUCAUGGACCAAUUGGAAUUGCAAUUGGUUGCUUGCAGAUGUUUAUAUAAUUUCUUGGAAAUUAAUAAUGAUUAUGUUCAUAGUGCAGUCCAUGCUGGUGCAAUUGAAGCUCUACAAUCAAAAUUAUUGGAAAUUAGUUAUAUUGAUUUAGCUGAACAAAGUUUACAAACUUUGGAGAUCAUUUCCAAGAUUUCUGGAACUCAAAUCUUUAGAAGAAAUUGUCUGUUAUCUUGUUUACAAUAUUUGGAUUUUUUCACCAUUCAUGCUCAAAGAAAAGCUAUUAACAUCACUGCAAAUUCUGUUAAAUAUAUUAAAGAAUCUGAAUUUGAAAUUGUGGAGGAAAUCUUCCCAAUUUUACAAAGAAUUGUUGUUGAAUUUUCAGAUUCUCAAGCUUUAAAUAAUUCAUGGUUGGCCAUUUCAAGAAUUAUUAAGAAUUUUAGAUCAAGUCCUAAUUUAUUAACAAAAUUAAUCAAUACAGAUUUAUUAAAUAAGAUGAUUUCUGUGAUUUCAAAUCCUGAUACAAAUAUCACAACAAAUUUAAGAUUAAUAAACACUUUAUCAAUCUGUGCAAGAAAUGAUGAAUUAUCAAUCCUGAUUUUAAAAGGUGGGAAAAUUGGUGAUUGUUUUAAAUCUUCAUUAUCAAAAUACAAAAAAUCAAAUAAUCAAGAUGAUUCAGUUUCAAUAGAGGCUUUAAUGGCUGCACCAAAAGAUUUAAUUAUAUCUAUAUUGGAUUUAAUUAUUAAUUUGUUACCAUCUGAAAAAAAUUCAAUCCUCACUAUUCAAUUUGUUGAAAAAAAUUAUUCAUCAAUUCAAUCUUUUUAUGAAAUUUUCAUUAAUGAAAUUUUCCAAUUAUUAAUCAAUAUUUAUUCAUCAACUGUUAUUUUUGAUAUUCGUCGUCGUGUUAUGAUUUCAUUAAUCAGAAUUGUUUCUUCAUUAGAUGAUUUGACUAAAUUGGGCAAUCAUUCACAAGUUGUUAAUUUAUUAGCUUCAAUUGUCAUUCAAAAUAAAAGUAUAAUUCGUCAAGAGAAAAAAGAUCAAAAACCUUAUAUGGUUUUAUUAGGUUCAUUAAUCCUAACUCAAUUAUUGGCUGAAAAAGAUCCUGAAAAAUAUCUUCUAGAAUUUGAAAGAGAAGGUUUAAUCGCUGAUACUUCUUCAUUGUUGGAAAUCCUAAGAGUUGACGAAAAAACUGUUAAAAAAGAUGAUGAUGACGAAACCAUGGAGGAAGAUACUCAACAACAAGAUGAAGAACAAAGAAAUAGUUAUCCAUCAAGUGAAGUGGAUGAAGGUGUUUAUGAUGAGGAAGAGGAUGAAGAGGAUGAAGAUGAAGAAUUCAACAAUAGACAAUUAUUUAACGUGUCAGAUCAAGCAAUUUUCAAAAAUUUAACAACGCCACAAAUCAUUAAACAUUUAACAAAAUAUGCAUCUGAUAUUGAACAAGAGUAUUUAUCUAAAAAAGCCUCAGGUUCUUCUAAAUUGGAACAUCUAAGAUUAUUGGAUGAAAUUAGUGCUGUUUUAAAAGAUACUGAACAAAUUGAUAGUUAUAAUUAUAAUGAUUGGGUUCAAAUUUGGAAUAAUUUCAAAAAGGCAUUAGGUGAUGAAAAAACAGAUUCAACAAUUUCAAGUUUUGAAUUAAUUAGUUCAGGCUUUAUCGAAAUCUUAUCAUCAUUAUUUUCGAAUGAUGUAACUGGUGAUCAAAAAUCCAUUUGCAGAAAUUCAUUUUUAGAUGUUUUCAAUCAUGAAGCUUUUGAAUUAUUAAUUAAAAAAUUACAAGAGGCUUUAACAAGAUCGGAAUCAUUUGAGAUUUUAAGUUGUGGCUUGAAAACUGGUGAAAAUAGAGCUGCUUCUUUAGGUAAACAAAUUAAAGUUAAGCUGAUUGCUGAAGAUCCAAAUGAUGAACAAUUUGAAGGAAUGAGUGCUUUCAUUAUUCUGGUUCAUGCAAUUGCAUCUUUUAAUAAUAUAAAUUCUUUUUUGAAAAGACGUGUUGAAACACCAUUCUUCUUUCGUCAAAGAAAUUCAAAUAAUAGAGAUGAAAAUAGAAGAAGAUCUGAUUGGCAUAUUGAAUUUUUAAUUGAUGAUGAAGUUAUUCCAUAUGAUUCAACAAUUUAUGGUGCACUGUUUAAAAAUUCUCAAGCUAAAAAUCCAAAUUUUGAUUCAUCUAGAUUUUGGUUUGAAACUCAUGAAAUUAAAUUUCGUAAAGUUGAAGGUGUUGCACCAGUUGCAGAUUUUGAUGAUAGAUAUCCUGGCUUAAACGCUGGUGAGGAUGAAGAUGAAGAUGAUGAAGAUGUGGAGAAUUUAAAACAUCCAGUAACAUUGAGCAUUUUAAGUUUAUUAAAGAUUUUACAUGAUUUUGAUGAUUCAACUUCUAAAUCAUUUUUGAAUUUCAAACUUACAGCCAAAUUGAAUAGACAAUUGGAAGAACCUUUAAUUGUUGCAAGUGGAAUAUUACCAAGUUGGGCUAUCAAUAUCACUAGAAAGUUUCCAUUUUUAUUCCCAUUAGAUACAAGAAUUUUUUUCUUACAAUCAACUUCAUUUGGUUAUUCAAGAUUAAUUCAAUUAUGGACAGCUAGAGCAAAUCAAGAUCAAAAUAAUGCAGAGAAUGAUAAUAAUGGUAAUAACAAUAAUGGGAACGGUAGUCAACCACCUUUAGGUAGACCAACAAGACAAAAAGUUCGUGUUCCAAGAAAUCAACUGUUGCAAAGUUCUUUUAAAGUUUUAGAUAAGCUGGGUUCACAUCCAAGUAUAUUGGAGGUUGAAUUUACAAAUGAGGUUGGUACUGGAUUAGGUCCAACAUUAGAAUUUUAUGCAUUAGUUUCAAAAUUAUAUUGUCAAAAAAGUUUAGGAAUUUGGAGACAACAUGAUGAAAUUGAUGGUGAUGAUUAUGUUAAUAAUAAAAAUGGAUUAUUCCCAUCUCCAAUUGUUUCUGAUGGUAAGGAGAGAUUAUCAAGUUUUAAAUAUUUGGGUAAAUUUGUUGCUAGAGCUUUAUUAGAUAAUAGAAUUGUUGAUUUUUAUUUUAACAAGGUGUUUUUUCAAAUUGCACAAUCCAUUAUCAAUAAAGAACCAAUUAUCAAGGAUUUAGAAGUUUUAAAACUUGUUGAUGAAGGGUUAUACAAUUCAUUAAUUUAUUUACAAAAAAAUAAAGAUUUAGUUGAAGGUUUAGAAAUUAAUUUUACAUUACCAGGGUUCCCAUCAAUUGAAUUAAUUGAAAAUGGUUCAGAUAUCAAUGUUGAUUCUAAUAAUGUUGAUGAUUAUAUUUCAAAAGUUGUUGAUUUCACAAUUGGUUUAGGUGUUGAAAAACAAGUUGAAAGUUUUAUUAAAGGGUUUUCAGAAGUUUUCCCAUAUUCAUCAAUGUUGAUAUUUUCACCAAAUGAAUUGGUUGAAUUAUUAGGUAAUGCCAAUGAAGAUUGGAGUUAUGAAACAUUAAUUUCAGCUAUUCAUGCAGAUCAUGGUUAUACAGUUGAUUCACCAUCGGUUCAAAAUUUGAUUACAUUAAUGACUAAAUUUUCCAAACAAGAACGCAGACUAUUUUUACAAUUUCUAACAGGAUCACCAAGAUUACCAAUUGGAGGAUUUAAGAAUUUGAAACCGGUAUUUACAGUUGUUUUGAAGCAUAGUGAAGGAGAUUUAAAACCAGAUAAUUAUUUACCAAGUGUUAUGACAUGUGCCAAUUAUUUAAAAUUACCAAAUUAUUCAAGCUCAGACAUUUUAGAAGAACGUUUAAUGAAGGCUGUUAAUGAAGGUGCUGGGGCAUUUUUACUUUCAUGA